AUGGCCGCACAACUUGAAUAUGCUUGUUUGGAGAGCCCUGAGACUGAGACGGGGAGCUUCCUGACUCUCCCACUGCCUGAUUGUUGGGCAGAUUUCUUGUCAUUUCACAGUAUGGCAGCUCCAGAUAUGAUUCCCAUACUUGCUGUGUCUUCCCAGGACCCUGCUUGUCUCCAGGAAUUGGAAAGUUCUCUUCCUUCAAAAGACCAUUCCUGUCCCCAGAGUAUGGACUUUUUUCCUUGUAAUGACCUGGAGCCUCAAAUGCCCACUGGGGCUAGUUUGCAGGACUCCGUGACUUUCCAGGAUGUUGCUGUGGACUUUACUGAGAAAGAGUGGCCCUUGCUGGAUUCUUCUCAGAGAAAACUGUAUAAAGAUGUAAUGCUGGAGAACUAUAGCAACCUCACUUCAGUGGGGUAUCAGCUUGGCAAGCCCAGCCUCAUCUCCCACUUGGAGCAGGAAGAGGAGCUGAGGACAGAGGAGAAGGAGGCUCACCAAGCAUUCUCUCAAGGUUGGGAGAUUCCAUCAAAAGCAAAGUGGUCUCUUCUUAUAGAAGACAUUUUUGGGAAGGAAACAUCCAGUGGUGUAACAUUGGAAAGAACUGGUCUUGGUGAGGAACCCACUGAGUAUACUCACUUUCUUGAUGUCUUCAGCAUGGGGGCUCAUCUUACUCAGCAGUUGGGAUGUCGGAAUGGGAAGAGGCCCUAUCACCGCCAUGACUAUGGGGUAGGCCUCAAAGACAGCUCGCAUCUCACCCAACAUGUGAAAAUUUAUGGUGGGAGAAACAUGUACGGAUGCCAUCAGUGCCAAAAAGCCUUCACCACAAGGUCUUCCCUCACACGCCAUAAGAGGAUACACACCGGAGAGAAGCCCUAUGAAUGCAGUGCCUGUGGGAAAGCCUUCAAUGAUCCUUCAGCUCUUCGGAGUCAUGUUCGAACUCACACAAAAGAGAAGCCCUUUGAAUGCAAUCAGUGUGGAAAUGCAUUCCGCACCCUCUCCUCCCUGAAGAUACACAUGCGAAUUCACACUGGGGAGAGGCCUUAUGAGUGUGACCAGUGUGGGAAGGCCUAUGGCAGGAGCUGCCACCUCACUGCACACAAGAGGACACAUACUGGAGAGAGACCCUAUGAAUGUCACGACUGUGGGAAGGCUUUCCAGCACCCUUCACACCUUAAAGAGCAUGUCCGGAAUCACACUGGGGAGAAACCCUAUGAGUGCACGCAGUGUGGCAAAGCCUUCCGCUGGAAGUCUAACUUUAACUUGCACAAGAAAAACCACAUGGUAGUGAAAACAUAUGAAUGUAAAGAGUGUGGGAAAGCCUUUGGUGAUGUUACAUCAAGGAGGAAACAUAUGAGAAUUCAUAUUGUCAAAAAGCCUGUUAUCUGUAGACAAUGUGGGAAAGCCUUCAGAAACCAGUCGAUCCUUAAGACACACAUGAAUUCUCACACUGGGGAGAAGCCGUAUGGGUGUGAUCUAUGUGGAAAGGCCUUCAGUGCAAGUUCAAACCUCACUGCACACAGGAAAAUACAUACCCAAGAGAGACGCUAUGAAUGUACUGCCUGUGGGAAGGUCUUCAGUGAUUACUUAUCACGAAGAAGGCAUAUGAGCAUUCAUCUUGUAAAGAAACGAGUUGAAUGCAGACAGUGUGGAAAAGCCUUCAGAAACCAGUCCACCCUUAACACACACAUGAGAACUCACACAGGAGAGAAACCGUAUGAGUGUGAUCAUUGUGGGAAAGCCUUCAGCAUAGGCUCUAACCUUAAUGUGCAUCGGAGAAUACACACUGGGGAGAAACCAUAUGAAUGUCUUGCCUGUGGCAAAGCCUUCAGUGACCAUUCAUCCCUGAGAAGUCAUGUGAAAACACACCGAGGGGACAAACUCUUUGUGUCAUCAGUGUGGAAGCGGCUACAGUGA